AUUUUAAAACUCUCAUCCCAUUCACUUCUACCAGAUUUCGUUUAUUACUCUCUCUCCAUCUCAUCGUCUCUCAGAUCUAGAAGUGAGCAGUAUCAAUUGCGAGCGAACAUGGCAGGCAAGGGAGGUAAAGGUCUCAUCGCUACAAAGACGAUGGCUGGUAACAAGGACAAAGACAAGGACAAGAAGAAACCCAUCACUCGAUCUGCUCGUGCUGGUAUCCAGUUUCCGGUGGGUCGUAUCCAUAGGCAACUCAAGACGAGAGUUUCAGCGCACGGAAGGGUCGGUGCCACUGCUGCUGUUUACACGGCUUCGAUCCUGGAGUACCUGACCGCGGAGGUUCUUGAGUUGGCUGGAAACGCGAGCAAAGAUCUGAAAGUGAAGAGGAUCACUCCAAGGCAUUUGCAGCUGGCUAUCAGAGGAGAUGAGGAGCUUGACACCCUCAUCAAAGGGACUAUUGCUGGAGGAGGUGUGAUUCCUCACAUCCACAAGUCUCUCAUCAACAAGGCCAUCAAGGAGUGAGGUUGUGUGGUCUGCUAGUUAGUAGCUUAUGGUGUUAAUGUUUGUGUUUGUUUAGUCUUGGACCGCUUUUCUUUCUCCUAGUUUCUCUGUCAAUGUGUUGCGCUCUUUUGAACAUCAUCAGGUGUACGUACAUUAGUGUAAUCUGAACUCUUAGGCUUCUCGUUUGAGCAAAUGUUGUCUUUGCUGCUAA